AUGGCCGACCUACCGAAGCCCGAGCCAAAUUACACCCAGGAGUGCGCACUUCGUGGACCAGCAAGCCAGGAUCUCGACGAUGUCGUGGAACGAGUGUCCCAUGGCUGUCCAGAAGGCGAGGGCUCCUUUCUCACCUUGCCUGCCCCCGGAAUAUCGGCAGCACAUCAUAUCAGAUCGAACAAGAUCUUCGACCGCAUCUUGUUUGCGCGAUCCAAAGGCGUCAGAGACCCUGCAAAGGAGGAAGUCCAUAAGCGCCAGCAAGAUGAGCGAAAGGCACAGUCCAAAGCUCGCAAAGAAGCAGCGACACAAGAACGAAAUGCACGGCGAGCGGAAGAAGACAGAAAGCGAAGGGGGGAAAGACAAGAGAGCAAAGAUCGAGCAAGGCAGAACAACAAACUCAAGGCAGAAAGGAAAGCUCAGGAGAAGCAGGUGCAGGACUACUACGGGAUUCGCGGCUAUGACCCCAGUGCUGGAAUGCUUCGCUCUAAUCGAGAGAGGGUCGCCUUGCGAGCUACCAACGGACAAAUCCAGACAUCUCAGGACAUUGACAAAGUGCUGAGUUUGAGGCCGCAGGCGAGUCAAACCUGGGGAUUAGAAUAUGGAAAGCCGAAGGAAGAUCACAGGCAUAGGCACAGUCCGCUUCGUGGCGGCGGUGAUGAUCACACACACAACGGCGACAACCUCGAAGAAUAG